GGCCGGGGCGUGCGCGCACACACACUCACUCACUCACUUUUUUUUCCUCCUCUUUUUUUUGUGUGAGGGGAGGGGGAAGGCAAAAGAAAUCGGAAUUUUUAAUCUUUUUUCCCUCCUCUUUCCCCCCUCCUCCUCCUCCUCCUCCUCCUCCUCCUCCUCCUCCACCACCACACACAACAGGAAAACUAUAUCUCUUUUGAAAAAAAGCAACCAUCUGAAGAAGUAAAAUUUUAAUUGCGGGUCGGCCGUUUCGCACCGAGGUGGUUUUUUUUUGCUUUUUUUUCUCCCCUCUCUCUCUCUCUCUCUCUCUCUCUCUCCUCAGGAUUUGGAAACGCGAAGGAUUCCGGCCCCCCCCUCCUCCUUCUCCUCCCCUUUCCCUCUCCUCUCCCCUCCCACGCCACCCCGACCGCUUUUUCUCUCUCUUCCCCCCCCCCUCCCACUCCCCACCACCACCCCCCCCCCCCUCCCUUCCCUUCCCUCUCUCAGUCGGUUGAUUUUUCGGUGGGGUUUUAACUGUAACGUGAGGGCCCUGUGGUUCCGAUGAUUUAAGGAGCGGGGUAAAUGUUUUUGAAGUUGCUGUUGGUCGGACUCGGGCAGCUCACCGCCCCCCUCUGGCUCGGCGGCGGCGCAGAGUGAUGAGUCCGGUGGAUGGGUGAACUUGUUUUGCCUUCACUCUCUGUGUCUUUCUGUUUCCCCUUCUCUCUCCCUAAAUAUAUAUAUAAUAUAUAUAUUUAUAUACUAGAUAUAAAACAUUUUAUCAAUAUAAAAUAAAGUUGAUAUUUAUACACAUGCGGCCGACCGCGAUGUUUGAUGCACUUUCCCCCUCCUGAAAUUAUUUCGGGCCCUGUUUUUGUUGGUUUUUAUUUUCCUCUCCACUAUUUUUUUUUGGGCUACGUGCGGAAAGAGGGGGAAAAAGAGAAGGGGAGCUUGGGGCUUUCCUUCUUUUUGUUGCCUUUUUUUAGAGGGGUGGAGAGAAAAAAAAGUGAAGGAAAGUGGCGCGGGAAGUAGAGGAGAUGGAGUUGCAAACUCUGCAGGAGGCUCUGAAAGUGGAAAUCCAGUUUCAUCAGAAACUUGUGGCCCAGAUGAAACAGGAUCCACAGAAUGCUGAUUUGAAGAAACAGCUUCAUGAAUUGCAAGCCAAGAUAACCACACUCAGUGAAAAACAAAAAAAAGUGGUUGAACAGCUGAGGAAAGAUUUGAUGGUGAAACAGGAACAUCAUGAAGGCAAACUGCCAAUGCAACAGCCACAGGUACCACCACAGCAGCAACAACAGACUGGAGCACAGCUGAGCAGCCCACAGAAGGCAAUAAGUGAACCUUCAGUCGUUACCACAAAGCAGAUUCCACUUACUCUUCUGAAAACAACACAUACUAUGCCUGCCUCAGUCGUUUCACCAAGACCCACCAUUGCCAUGGUAACAGCUCUAAGCAACCCUCAGAAAUCAGUGGUUAAUGCAGACUCUCAAAACACACCCAUCAACCUACAGAUUACCAACAAAUUGACAACUCUGGGGUCCGACGCUGUGCGAAUAAUGCCAAAAUCAACUGUACAGUUGCAGGUACAGACUACAAACUCCCCACCAAUCAAGGUUCCUCAGUUCAUUCCUCCACCCAGGGUGACACAACGCCCAACCCUUUUACCACAGGUUCGUCCGAAGCCAGUGAUGCCAAAUAGCAUUCCGAUUGCACCUGCACCUGUGUUUACUACUUCGCAACUUAUCCAGCGACCAGUGAUGCUGACAAAAUUCACACCCACCACUCAGCCAUCAGCUGCAAAUUCCAUACAUCAGACCAGAAUUGUGAAUGGACAACCUGCUGCCGUCACCAAGACGCUACCGACUGCGCAGUUAACGGGCAUUGUCAUAGCCACUUCUGGUCCUAAGGUGGCUAGUCCCCAACAGCUGAAACUCAGCAAAACUAAUCUGGACAACAAGACCAUUAAACUUCAGGUUGAAUGGGAAGAAAGGCAGAAUGAUGCCAGUCCUACUUCUCCAGUUCCACCUAAACCCAAGAAGGAGGAGAACCCAGAGAAAGUUGCUUUCAUGGUUUCCCUGGGGUUGGUUACACAUGAUCACCUUGAAGAAAUCCAAAGCAAGAGGCAAGAAAGGAAACGACGAACAACCGCAAAUCCAGUGUAUAGUGGAGCGAUCUUUGAACCAGAGCGCAAAAAAUCUGCAGUAACUUACCUGAACAGCCCUGUGCAGCCUGGGACACGGAGAAGAGGUCGCCCUCCUAAGUACACUCACGUGUUGGGUCUGGGGGCAAUGGCACCUUCCUCCCCUCCGAGUCAUCCUGCCUCCCCAGAUUUCGAAAAAACAGAGAAUUUGCUCAGUUUUGCUGCUUCAGCACAGUCUGCAUCCAGUCCCAGCUCUGUAGAUGGUUUGCCCUAUUUAGCCACAAGGGCUACUUUACAAAGGGGCCCUGUCAGCAAGAUGCAAGAUGAGACAAACGACAUUGAAAACAUCACAAAAAAUACAACUUUGUCUGGUGACAUCCAUGAGGAUUUCUGCUCUGUGUGUCGACGUAGUGGACAGCUGCUGAUGUGUGACACUUGUUCUCGUGUGUAUCACCUGGAGUGCCUGGACCCGCCAUUAAAAGCCAUUCCCAAAGGAAUGUGGAUUUGUCCUAAAUGUCAGGAGCAGAUUCUGAAAAAGGAAGAAGCAAUCCCAUGGCCUGGGACGCUAGCAAUCGUUCAUUCUUAUAUUGCCUACAAAGCUGCAAAAGAAGAGGAAAAACAAAAGUUGUUAAAGUGGAGUGCAGAACUAAAGCAGGAGCGAGAACAGUUGGAACAGAAGGUUAAGCAGCUGAGCAACUCCAUAACGAAAUGUAUGGAGACUAAGAACACAUUGCUCGCUCGGCAGAAGGAUAUGCAGUCCUCGUUGGAAAAAGUUAAAAGGCUGAUACACCUGAUCCAGGGUAUACAGCUCACAAAAAAUGCUACACCAACAGAUGAGGCAGUCAACAAUCCCACAGACUAUAUGAACUCUCCCACCGUUGAACCUUCACCAGUGAACUGUGACAGUAAUUUAGAGACCAAGUAGCUGAAAGAAAGGGCUAGAUACUGUAGAACUUACAAACCUUUCUGGGAACAAAAUUGUGACAGGCUGUUCCUGACUUGCCAAUUGAAGGGGGAUUCUGUGCUGGAUUGUGUUCUUAUAGAUCCACAUUGGGAGUGCCAGCUUGGUAAGAACCAGCGUCAAGCCAAGCGAAAUACCAGUGUGUGCCUGCUGCCACCAGUUUGGUUUUUAGUUUGUCUAUUCUUCAGGGAUAUAGGUAGAAAACAAUGGUGAUGACUUAAUGAGCUGCCCUGGUCAUGGAAUGCAUUUUCAUGAUUCUCGAGUCCAGGACCACUUGAGCAGAUUAGCAGAUAUUUAAUGCAAUGCAACAUGAUGGGGAAACAUUGUGCAGAAAGCAAAGGUUGAAAAGCAUGAGAACAUGGUGGUCCCAGUCAUUGACUGUGAUUGAAGUAGCAAAGGCUGAAUCAGAAAUACAGACAGAGACAGGUACAUUGUGUAAUGGGCACAGCACAGAGUACAAUGAUAUUCCUAUUUUUGUUUUAAAUACAAAAACCACAAAUGGAGGUUUAUUAUUGGGAGGGUAGGUGGUGGCACCAAAACCAUGCAUGGCUUAUGAUGAAGAGUGUUUCUUUUUAAUUUUGUUUUAAAAUGUCAUGUGGUUGUUCAUUGUACAAGUAGUUGUUUCGGUGUCUUAGGCACUGGAAAGACACAAGAUGGGCAGACUGAAUUUGUCCUGAGAUUUUGGGGGGUUUUAAGCUUUGGGAAAUAUUCAGGUCUUCCUAGUGUUAAAGAAAUUAGAUCAAGAAAACUGUUGAGUGCUUUUGUUUCCUAACGAGGUGAUUUAUAGAAAACAAAGUGUUAGAAAUUGAGCAGAUUCUGUAUAUAUAUAUAAAAAAUGCAAAUAUAUAUUAUAUAAAUACAAAUAUACACACACAUAUCCCAAACACUCACUGCACACACAUACCCACACACAUGCGCACGCACGCACACACACACACACACACCCACACACACAUACUGUCUCUCUGUAUGUGUAAAAAGAAACAAAAAACAUCUGUUAUUGUCUGAACUGCCAAAUGCUAUAUUGAACCUGCAGGGAAUGAUCUUCAGUUUACUGGGGAAUAUACUGGAACAGUUUUACAGUUCUAUUUCCAUCUUUAUGAAAAGUGGAUUGAAGGUCACAGGUAAUGAGAUCAGUUAAGUAAAAUGGUCAUAGGUCUUCAGUUAUGUAAAAAAAAAUGGAAAAAGUCUGUUGUGCAAGUACAGCCAGAAUGGAAAUUUAUAUUUGCAUUAAUAUUUAAUGUUGGUUGUACUUAAUUUAACAUAUCAGGGUGUGCUUGCCUUUACCUUUGGCACUAGGUGAAAAAUUCAGCCAUUUAUACUUAUAUUUGUAAUUACUAACCAAACAACAUGACAGAUGGAAGAAACUAUUAAUGAAGAGUUUCUUCUGAACUAGCUAUGUGAAGAAUUGACUUUUCCUGAUUGCUGCCUGCCCACCCUGACAACGGUGCAUGUACAGAACACUUUUUUGGGAAGAAGGGGAGGGAGGAGUUUGCUUCAAAGAUAGUCAGUGAUUUUCUGUCAUUACUUAGUAUUGAUCUUUUACAAAGUUUUUAAACCCAAUUCUGAACAUUAGUCAUAUUAAAGAUAUUUUUUUCAUUGAAUUGAUACUCAUUGCAAUUUAUAAAAACAACAGAUAAACAAGAAGAAAAUCUAUCUCAAAACCAAAAGAUUUUUUUUUCAGAUUUGAUUUGCAACCAAAUAAUCAGUGGUGAGGGCUGAAAUAGAAAUUUAAAUUAAAAAAUGGUUGCAGAAGCAUUUCUGGAUGUAUCCCAAAAUCUUUAUUUCUUUAUUCCUUAUCCCCUUGACAUCAGUGCUUCCCUUAACACUCCUGCAUGCAAAUAUUCUUCUCAGUCAGGAUAGAACUGUCAGUAAAUGUCUCUAUUGCCUUUAUUAGGACAUUUUCUGUUCUGCUGAUCAUAAUGCCUAGUUGAGAAAAAGCUGGAGACUGAUAUUUAAAUUAAUAAUAUGAUAAAUGUUUCAAAAUAACUUUGUAUACAUAAUGUCAUUUGGUAACUGCAGUGAGUCGAUUAUGAAACCAACAAUGUUUCUAACCUUUCCUAUCUGACCUUGGUUCAGCUUCAAAGAGACUGUUGUGAUUUUUGCUUGGUGGGAAGUGAGAUAUUAUCGCAGUAUACUAUUUGCCUUCCUUUCCUAUGUCCCAAUCAUAUUUAGCCCUUAAGUUACAAUAUACUACUAUUUCUUAUCGGUACAUUUUUGUCUGUCACAUUCAGCAAUAAACAGCUGUCUGUGGCUUUAAAGCUAUAAAUUGUUAUGCUUUUCUAACGUACAAAGACUUUUCUUUCAGUUCAUGUUGUCUUUGGAAACCACUUGAGUUCAUGACUUUUGAUAUCAUUGUCAUUUCUUUGUGUUCCAUUGUUCAUCACUGUGGUAAACGAAUUUCACGGUGUCAUUCAGAGGUACAUUCUAAAGUCUACUGUAUGACUUGUUUGGUAAAACCAAUAUUGACGGGUCGGAUCAGAUGCAGUUUGCUGACUGGUGCUUGGUAGGCGCACAACAGUAUUUGGUGCACUAAGAUAGGGAGGGAAAAGCAAGUGAAAUUUCUUAGUGACUUCAUUUGGAAAGCACUCAGGUGUGGAUAUUUGAAAUGUAUAAUCUUCUUCUUUACUGUAAUGUCCUCCAUACUCACCUUCUGCCAGCUUGGAUAACGGGACAUUAACGAUACUGUGUGGCAAGAUACAAAGGACAAAAUUGGCAAAGAAAGCUGUUAAUAUUCAGAUCAAAAGUAAAACUGGCUGCAGAAUGAGAACCCUUAUUGGCAUUCACUUUUUUUCAUAACCUUCAAAAUUGUGUUGUUUUAGAAUAAUGAUCUUGUGUGGAGAACAUGACAAUAAUUAAUUGUGAGUACUUGAUAUUGCUGCUAAUACAUUUUUUGUCUCAUCACAAACUGUAAUUUCCUUUGGUGAACCUGCACUCAUGAUAUGAAAUGUAAGCUUGAAGUAACAGCAACAAUUUGCAUUAAUAUAAGAUGGUUAAUGGGGAAAAACAAACUUCCUCCCCCAUUCCCAUCUUCCCAAAAUCCCAUCCCCUUCUUGUCUUGCUACUGAAUAAUACAUAUCAAUUUGUUACAUCUCUGGUCACUUCUAAAGACAGAUAGUAUUAGCCAUGCCAAAAUAUUUUCAUGAGGCUAAAUUAUUAGAUUUUAUUCUUGACAUUUACAAAACAAGGUAAAAAAUGAUCUGAAAAGUGUGGUGCCAGAAACCUGGGGGAAAUUCUUGCAGUUAAUUAAGCAAGCAAUUUAGAUAAGAUCCUAGAAAUGCUUACAUGAGAUCAGAGGAUUUUCAGGUAAACUAUAAAUAUUGAUCAUUAAUCCUCAGUCAAGAUAAACAUGGCAUUUAUGCAUUACAUCAGCAUGAAUUUGCAGAAUUUAAUAUGUCCUUGUGCAGAUGUGAAACAAACUGAAGUAGCACCCAACACAUGCUGAAGACUUAAGUUCCUGUAAUGGCUGUUUACCAGAUUUAAAUUUACCAAGUCAACUGGUCAGAUGUACAAUCAACAGACAAGAGCACAAGGAUCACCCACAUGUAUUGUAGAAAACUGCAAAAUUUGUAUCCAACAAAUUUAUAAACAUUUAGCAAGUUGGGGUUGCAUCUAGGAAGAUGGGGUUAAUGUUUGGUCUUAGAACAUUUUGUCAGGGCCAUUUUUAUUUUGCAAUAGAGACACAAGAAGUGUAUCGAGUCCUCUACAGUAAGUGAAAUGGAAGAAAUAAAUAGAGGUUGUAGAAGAUGUCAUUGGGCUUUUAUAAUAAAUGUGAGUGGAGACUGCCACCUGAAGUCAAGAAAAUCAAACACAUGUCAGAGAUGGUCUACUUGGUAAGCAAGUGUUGGAAAUUGAAAGCAAAUUUAAUGAAACUCACAGAGAGAGAACAGGAUGCAGCACCAGAAGACCAUGCAGGUUCCCAUAGCAACAUUUUAUUUAGAGGAUGUGAGUUGGGUUAAAAGCAAAGUUAUUCAGUGUAAAAAGAGGUCAUAAGAAAAAAUGUUUGCUCCAGGAAGAAAAAUAUUAACCCAUUCUCCAUAGAUGAAUGUUUCCAACAUUUUCUGACUUUAUUUCAAAUUUCUAGCAUAUAUUUUGCUAUUUGCAAAUCCACAUCAUCUGCAUGUAUAUAGUUUAAGCCAAUUUAAAUGUUCAUUCACAUUCCUUUCAUAUCUAAUUUAAACCCUUAUCUCUGUCGAAUGUUUUGAUGGAAUGGGGGAAAUGUUCUUGAAUGAGAUUAAUCAGCAUAUUUACAGCUGAAAUUAAUUUGCUCACGUAUUGUGUUGUGGCCAUAAACCACACCAAGCUCCUCAAGCAAGUAUGCUGGCAUUUACUGGAAAUUUUGCCUUCACUCCAAUGUGGUGUUUAAAACUGCUUAGGAAUUCAGCAAAAAAAACCCUUUUUUCACCAUUACUAAUGUCUCCAAGCAGUGAUUUAUUUCUUCUGCUCUUUGAAAUGGCCAGUGAAUUUUGAUCCAGAGCAUUAGUGAUUACAUAGCUAAUGGAGAUCAAGGAUGUUUCCGCAUUCUUAUUUGAUUUCAUAGGUAUACCUGUUCUGCCAACAGUUGACCAUGAUGCAUCCCUGCAGUACAGUGAUCCGUUGUAACAAACCUGCAUUCAUUUUGAAUUUAAGCAAAUUGAGAAUGUGAUCAAAUUAUACAGUAUGGGUUGCCCUUCAACAACCUGUGCAGUAACUAAGUAAUGCUUAGACAUCCUUUUGGAAUUGGCAUGUACGCAAUCUUUCCUGAGUGUGAGUUGACCAAAUGUUUUUCCUGCAGUUCCCCACUGUCAGGUUCAAUGGCUUCUUGUAGAGUGUAAUCCUGACUGUAGCUACAUAUAAUGACUUUCUUUUGCAGUUAUGUUCUCAAGAAGCAGGGCCACCUGGUUCGGACAUGAUUCCUUGAAUAGAAUCUGCAGAUAACAUUACUAAGUUUUUACACUUGAGGGGAGCUAAUCUGUGAUAAGUCUAGCCUUCUGUAUCUUUUCACCCCCAACCCCACCCAAAGAAUGCAUGCAUGCAUUUGAUCAUUGUCCCAAAGGGUCUACUGUGUGAUUUUAUCCAUCUCAAAUGAUUGAAAGGUAAAACCUCUCUGGCUGUAGCAAUCAAAGUAUGAUGGCCUGCAGCACUUAGCCGUAGCUCCCAAUAGUUGUGGAGGGGUUGAAAAUUGUUAGGUAGUUAAUGAUCCUUAUUUUCUCUAGCGUUUCCUUGAUGAUACAAAACCAUGUGCUACAUUUAGAUACCAGUGCACCUGCUGUUCUCCAGGAUUCGCUGACUGCACUAUAAUCCGCCAAAUUUAAAUAUCUUUACCUUAGUAUCCCAUCGCACCCAUGCACCGUUGGGCAAGAACGUAGGUGUGAGAUUAGUUGUGGUCCCCAUCUCUUCACUCAUUACUUAACAUUUACACCCAACAUAGGUCAUUUGACCUAAUUGGUCUGUGUUGAUGCUCAUCCUCUGAACUAGUACCCUCCCACCUCUUCAAACCUCUUAACAUUUCCUACUCAUCCAGUCUCCUUAAAGCACUUUGCUAACUUUGCCUUAAAUGUAUCAGUGCUAUUCACUUAACUACUCCAUGUGGUUGCAAGUUUCACAUUCUGCUUACACUGUGUAUUAAUAAAAUAUUCAGGAGAAACUUGUUUUUAAUUCUAUUAGUAACUGUUUUGUAUUCAUUGCCUUAAGUUUUGAAUUUCUUCACAAAUGGAAACAAAUUUCUCCAUACCUAUCAAACCCCUUCACAACUCUGUAAAGACCGCUAUUGGAUCGCACUUUAACCUUGAAUCUUUACGAUCCUUUCUGUUGCUUUUAACAAUCAUUUCUUAGAGCUUCUCCAUAAGUCUCUUCUGUGCUGGUGUCUCCAACUUGUUUGUGAUAUGGAAAUUGGGGCUGUACACAAUAAGUGUAAUAAAACAUACUACGUUCAACCAUUAUUUGCAUAAUCUAGUUUACCCCAAAGCAGUGACAAACCAUUCAAUAUAUAUCGCCUUUUCUGUGCAGCUAUUCUUAAUCUACUGGAAGUUGGACACUGAAAACUGAGUUUUGAUCUUGGACCCAAGGUCUAUAAAGAGUGACCUGAAAUUGACUUGCUGUGUUGUCUCAAAAUGGGCAGAGCAAAGCUACAGCAUGUUCGUAGUACCUCAGUUAUUCACUUAAUUUAGUUAUUGUUUACCAUCAAUCUGCCACUCAGCCUGUAAUUUGUCACAGUCAGGAAGGAACUUGCAUUUUUGGCCUGCAAGAGACAAGUGUUGUCUUUUUUGCAGCUCUAUGUACUAUCUUCUAAUUUAGAUAAUUUUUCCUGAACUGCACAACCAAUUUUUCCCCAUUGUCAGGCAUUUUCCUUGAUUACUUUUUGCUUAACACUAUCAAUCCUUACAACAAUUCAAAUAUUGAAAGCUCUCUUAAUUUUCAUAACAAUCUUAUAAUUAAUUGUGUAGAUUUAAUCUCAGUCUCUGGCCUCAUUUUCAUGUACUUAUUUUUUCCUGUGACAUAGAAAGAGACCCUUCAGCUCAUGAGGUCUGUGCUGGCUCGGAGCAAUCCAUCAGUCCCAAUCCCCACUUCUUUCCCUGUAACUGCUCUCUCCCGUGCCCAUUCUUUUACCACCCACCCACACCCUGGAUAAUUCACAGCGGCCAAUUAACCCACUGAUCAGCAUGUCUUUGGGACGUGGGAAGAAACAGAAGCACCCAGGGGAAAUGCAGAUGGUGACAAGGUGAUUGUGUAAAUUCCACACAGACAGAAUCAAACCAUUAGACAGCAGCAGUGUGUGUUGCAUCACUGUGCCACCAACAUGCAGAGCACUGUUCUCCAGUCAAAAUCACUGGCUAACCUCAAGCAUGACACUAUUUUGGCACUAAUUUUACAAGAAAAUGAAUUUUUAAGCAUUCGAAGAAUGCAAGUAUACUUUACAAAUGUAUCUACAAGUAUUCAACAAGUAUCUACCAAGAGAAGUAACAGUAAUAUAUUAAAACUUUCACACAUUGCUUUCAUCACUGUUUUUAGUAAAAAAAAACACAAAGGUUCAAGUACACAGACAAACACUGAGCAAAUGAGCAUGAGACCACUUCCCUAACCACUGUCAAGGGCUGUGCAGCUAAUGUAUUGGACAACAUUGAAGUAGACCAGUUAACUGUUAGUCUUCCUUGCCAGCCCAUUUAUACAAAAAAGGUUCUGAUGUUGUCCUAAUCUUGAGAGUUUGGGCCUUUAAAAAUACCGAUGGUCUGCUCUUUGUACAAUUCACACGUCCCCUGGUGUCCUUCAAGUAGAAUAUCAAAGAUCGUCUUUAAUCUUGAUAGUGCGCCCAACGUGAAACUGUUUCCUGCAACUAUUGGUUCCUGUUUAUCCUUAAACUAGUUCAAAUGUCCAAUGUCAAAUCAUGAACUUGUCCUCGCACUUUAAAUAGUGGAUUCCCCUGGCUGUGAUCUGCUGUUGCCCCUUAUAGCCUCGGUGUCCCCAUUUUUCGGUGUAGGACUCAGCACAUUGUACAGUAUAGUUUAUUCUAUUCAUGUGAAUGUUGUGCAAAGAAUGCUCUGCUGUAUUCUUGUAUUAAGUACCUUGGAUUGUUGUGGUAUAUUGAAGGUGCUAUAUGUAUUCAAGUUAUUGUUUUAUCUGCUAAAUUUAACACAACUUGGCUUAGGGAAGGUUAGGAGAACCACAACUUAGUUGUAUCCCGGGGGGUGGGGGGAGGAAAUCACCUCAUUGUCUUAUUAUCACUGACAUGUGACAUGAAAUUUGCACUGCUGCCGCAAAGCAAUAAAUUUCCCGUCAUAUGUCAGUGAUAAUAAAUCUGAUCCUGAUUGUUCUUUACGUGUUUUUCCUUUGAUGCCCCUACAAUCAAGCAACCUGCCAAUGACCCUCGCUGACUAGGGAAGUGAGCAGAAACUUGGACACUGGCAUGGGUAACUACCUUAGGGGAGGUGGAGUAGAAGAGAUACAAAUCUACUAUAAAUUAGUGUUGAGAUGCAUGGAGUUGAAUAAAUAUUUCUGCUAUAAAUCCUUUCAAUUGAAAUGUAUUUCAUUCUUGGUAAAUUUCUCUUGUGACAUUCUAGUUAAUGUAAAUUGGAAACGAUUGCUAUCAUCUCCAGGGACAAACUGCGUGAGGAAUAAUGUUGAAGUGUAUUUGAGUUCGUUCUCUAAGGUCACGUGUAUGAUGUGAUUGCCCAAAUAUGUUUAAUCAUGGUGAUGGGGUAGCCAGGGAGCCAUCAUUCUCGAGAGGAGGAUAAGCCAUAGGGUUCCUGGUUCCAGAAGUUUCCCUUCCUCCCUGUGACAAUGUGCUGCUGCUCACUGUCUAAGCUCAUGCUUUCUUGGGAAGGUUGCAGGUUGUUAGUAACUGCUACCUGUUUUGGCAUCUUAGAUAAAAUACUGUGGUUGGGGAGGCUUGGAGUUGCAUUUUUUGGUGACAAUGAAUGUAGUACAUGUGCAGCAAAGGAUAGAUAUUUACUCCAUUAAUACUGUACCAUUAUUUCUAUUUACUUACAAAAAAAAAUGUGCAUUUAUAUGGUUAGAAUUAAUGUAAUUUUGUGGCUAGAAUUUGCCCAGUUUUAUUGAACUGAAUAGGGGAGGAUAAAGUGUGACAUAAGGAUUCUUCUUAACCUGGUCCUCUCCUGGUCAAUUAACAAAAAAAUCUGUCAAUGGUCUGUUGGACUUUCUUUUCCUCCCAGCCCAGCUCAUCUCAAAUAUUUGUUACGCUUUAGAAAAUCCAGUGUUAUUUUUAGAAUGUAUUUUUGUCAAUUUUUUGUGAACAUUGAUGCCACCUCUUCUAAUCCUGAUUCAAAACUCUUGCAAAGUCAAAACCAAGACUUUUCACGUACUUCUUGGCAAAGUAGGGCUGACUGGAGCAGAUUUGGUCAGUCAGGUCUGGAGCACAUCAGCCCACAAAUCAGCUCAUUAAUCAGCCCCAGACGGAUAUAGUUCUCUUAGGACUGGAAUAUUUAAUCUAUGGAACUGACCCGAACCAAAUUCGCAGGAGGAUAGAUAAUCCUAUACGGACAAGUAAUGUAAAACUUAACUGAUGAUCUGUGCUAGUAAAUUGCAUUGUUGAAGACUGGAAGGAAAUAAGGAAUGUGAAUGAGUUAGAAUUAAGUGUAAUGUAUUAAAAAUAAUUAGAUUGGGAGCACAAAAACGGUUUGGAUUGUAUCACACAGACGCAUAGUGAUAAUUAACAGGAUUUCCCUCACUUACAGCUACCUUGUUUCUUUAUAAAAAUCUUUAAGGCACGUACACACGAUUUAAAGGGGUUUUCUAACAUAUAGUUCAGGCUGGUAUAUUAGUUACGCACUUUUGUACAAUGUUCAUAGUUUAAAAGUACAUUUUGAGAGUUGAGGUCAGAAUGAUUAUUUUUGCAACAAUGCCACAGAACACCUCCAGCAAAGUUAGCAAAAAAAAAGAUUUUGUAAAAAUGUAUGUAUUUGUGGUUUUUCAAGUUUGGGAGAUUUACUUUGUUUUGAGAUCAACACUGCUGUUAGACACACACCCUAUGCCUGUGUGUGUGAAACUUUAAAAAUUGAGCAAAAUAUGAACUUGUUUAUAACUUCAGUGCAGUUUAUUGAAUUAUAAAAUUUUUCUCAAAGAAUGUGUUUGACUCAGUUUAUGUAAACUUCUAUUAAUUUAAACUAAUGAGUGUGAUAUCGCAGGGCAUGUAUGGCAUAUAUAAACAAAUCUGAGAUGCUUUCAUGUUCUUUUGGCUCCAUUCUCAGUGUCCUUUUUACCUGAGUUGUUUCAUUCCAGCUUGCCUGUUGAUUCAUUCCUGAGUUCAUAGAAUGGAGUCAGAGCUCUGUGACAGGACUCAAACUAACUGGAGUGGGCAGGCACGGGAUUUUGGGGCCAGUUCAGUUAAAUGCAAUGUAUCAUUUUCAUCAUGGUUAUUUUAUAACACAAAGGGCAAAGUGAGUAGACGAAAAUAAAAAAAAUUGAAGUGCUGGAAAUCUGAAAUAAAAACAAAAAUUGCUGGAAACAUUCAGCAGGUCAGCCGUGCCUCAGUAUUUCUAGCAUUUUCUGCUUUUAUGUCAAAGUGAGUAGGUUUUGUUGAUUUAGCAGGUUACCGGAAGUACUUGUUAAUCUGAAGGAAGAAUGCAAACACUGUGCAAUAAUGUUUCUCCAGUGCCAUCUGCAAAACAGGUUGAAUAUUUAUGAGUGCCCCUGCCUACUUUUUAUCAGAUUCCCAUUGUACUUCUAACAUCUCGAGAUGGUUACAACCAGUAAGUUACAAGCUCUUACUAUGAAAGAUAAACAUCAAUAAAUUGUCCCCAUUUGUCAUGGCCUGUUUCCAGUCCUGAUGAUUUUCUGUAACUAUUAUUUCCAGGGAGGUUUAAAGAGAACAUUAUCCCAACUUCAUUUAAUUCGACACUGGUACAAAACAAGAUUUUGCUGCUUUGGCCUUAUUGGAAAAGACACAAACUUGUGGGCUGAUUGGGAAUGUUCCAGUUGGUUUGAAAAUUGUAUAAAUUGUUCUGGUAUCCUGAUGCUGAUCAUUAUCUAGUAGGUGUGAAUGUUGGGUAAGGAAUGGGAUUCCUUUUUACAGUAGUUUUAAUACUCAUUGUCCAGUCUCACCAGUGAAGAAUGGUUAUUUAGUUGGGCCCCAUCUGACUUAAAACUAUUCCCAGCAAGAAACUAACACUAAUGAGAGGAAGAAUUUUAUUAAAAAAACAAAAGCCUGAAUUUUAGUUUAAAGCCGUAAUUCUUAGAAUAAAUACUUUAAAAUUUCUGACAGCUAUCAGGACCCUUAACAAAGUUUUUGUUUGGCAUAAUUGGGAUUGAUUUAAAGAAUGCCCAGCUGUGAGCCUCAAAUGCUAUUUUAUAUCCUUUUCAAAUCACUUAGUUUUCAAAAGUAUGCUUGAAACUAGUUGGUUAAGUUAAAACGGAUUCAAGGACACUCAUUUAAAGAUCUAGUCAUUGAUUCCUAAUUAUCUGCAGUACGAUAAAAGAUCCUCCUUCCUAGACAGCUCCUUGGGGAUUGAGGAUAAUUCCAGUAUUGUGGGAUCUGAAGUAGUUAAUAUGGAUUCUUCCACAGACGGGACAGGUGGGUAGUGAUGAAGUGAUGCCAAUCAUCCACCAUUAUGGCAGGGCUUCUUUGUGCUCCCGAUAUAUGGCCUCAGUUUUGAAUAUUAUCCGGAAAUCUCCUCCACCUCGAACAGUCAUGGAGACACAGGAGACUGCAGAUGCUGGAAGCUGGAGCAACAAACAAUCUACUAGAGGAACUCAAAGGGUCAAGCAGCAUCUGUGGGGGGUGGGGGGAGGAAUUGCCAAUGUUUCAGGUGAAAAUCUGCAAGUAUUCCUCCAGCAGGUUGUUUGUUGCCGUGGGCCAGAGAUACCCAAGAGCUAGUGCGGGUGUUGCACUUCAAGGAAGCUUUGAGCAUAUCCUUGAGAAUCUUUGUCUCUAUCUACCUGGUAAACCCCCCUCUCCCAUGACACAAUUGUCCGUUUUGGGAGUCUGGUGUCAAGCAUGCAAAUGGUGCGGCCUGCUGAAAGUAGUGUUCUACAGACAUUGUGAAUAUGUGCACGAACACACACCUCUUUCUUUACCGAGCAGAACUUCUGGUGAUUCCUCUUCACGAUAUUUGUCACAGCAGUUGAUGAGAUGAUCUGGUGGUUACAAUUUAGUGAAUUCUCCACUAGUUGCUUCAUUGAAUUCCCCAGCUUGUAGUCGCGUCAUCUGAGACCAUCGUAAAAGCUGAUGGUGUUUCAAUCACCUCCUUUCAGGCCCACCCAGUGACAGAGAAUAGUUUUCACCUUCCAGACUGAGAACAGUUUGAACUUGGGAGGAGGGAGAAGAAAAUGUCUGUGCUGCUAUGUGUAAGUUGUGAUUAAUUUUUUACUGCAUAUCAACUGAUAAUGAGUUGGACGAGUAAACCAAACUAUUCAGCUGUAGAAAAUACCAACUCUUCUCAUUUCCCUUAGCUUCAAAGGUGAACUUUACUAAUUAAAAUAAUUACACAAAGGUGGAUUUUAAUCAUCAUGCUAAAUGUACUUUGUCUCUUCCCCUCUACUAUCCCACUAACAACCCUCACAAAACUAUGAUGUGGCAUCAUAUUUAUUGUAUAACCUCAGAUUUGAGAGAUGCAACAAUGCUUAAAUCCACUGAAGCUGGUGCCACAUAGAACUAAUACAGGACCAGUCCAACCAACUGUGUUGCCAAUCUCCACCAUCAUGUUGCACCUGCCAGUUUUUAGCAGAACAAAAUGUGAUUGUGUUCCUACUGUGAAAUAAUCUGCAAUAUGCAAAUUAAUCUCUUCACUAAUGAUGAAAGGUGAGUGUUGCCCUGACUAUCACACUGUGAGUCUAAUACUUAAGAAAUUAAAGCCCAAGAACACUGGUAAAUUUUUUAAUACUUUGAGGAAUAGGAAGGGACAUUGCUCAAUGUUACAAAUUAGCUAUAUGCAAUUGAUGGUAUCAUCUUUUAAGGUUUAAAAAAAACAUUUAAAGAAGUGUUGGCUUAUUGGAAUUCACUGGUAGAAGUUCAGAUACUCAAGACUGAACAAUUAUAAUUUUUUAAAAUUGAAAAAUCUUAUGUCGUAAUUCAUUUAUUUUAGUCUUUGAGAAUGAAUUUUGCUGCUUCAAUCUCAGGAUUUUUCAGUGUGAUAAAGUUGUAGAGUUCAACUGGAAUUAACUUAUUUGUCUCCACAUAUGUUGAACAAUCUUGUCUUCAUUUUAAGAAUGGGUUCCAACCAGCAAUGAGGUCCUAAAGAAAGAAGCAUUGAUGCAUUUGUGGGUUCUAAAAAUGGGUGCAUUCUUAGUUUUGUGAAGGUAGACAUUUCUUAAUGAAGAAUGUGUAAGUGAGACUCGGAGAAAUACUGCCAUCUACUGUAAGCUUUACACUC